AGUGGCGGCCGCAUAGCCGAGCCGGCCGCACCGCGCGCGUAAAAACCGACCGACGGCCAUCGCCCAACGACCAGCCGGUAAUUGGGGAAAAAUAAUUGUUUUCAGUCGUCGGUCGGCGGCGGUGGCGGACUGACGCGCUGAGUCGGAACCAGGGACGGACGGAGGACAGCGGACAGACGGGUGGACGGACGGAGGGCAGCGGACAGACGGGUGGACGGACCGAGGACAGCGGACAGACGGGUGGACGGACGGAGGACAGCGGACAGACGGGUGGACGGACGGAGGACAGCGGACAGACGGGUGGACGGACCGAGGACAGCGGACAGACGGGUGGACGGACGGAGGACGGGCCGUCGGCGGUGGACGCGUCAACACGGUCCCGGCCGGGUACGGACAGAAGUCGGCCGAGUGAACAGUGGACAGUGGCCGCGCUCCGGGUGAUAUCUGCCUUCGUGUCAGUGGCUUGGAGGGACUGAGCCGAUUUUCACUCAGCACUGAGCCGGCCAGAACCUCUGGACUGGGACGGUCCCGGCAUCUCGCGGUGUCGCGGUCGGUUCCCCGCCAGCCCUGCGGCACGGAGGUCCAGUUCGGUGCCGUUUCUGAAUUUCGCCAAGAUAUCGUCGCCGUGGAACCCGACGGGGCCGGGCGGCCAGCCGCCGGCGCCCCCUGCCGGUACCGCCACCCCCACGGUGGCCGGUCACCCGCCGGUGCCGGCGGCCGGCGCCCCUGGCCUGACCGACACGCCGCCGGCCGCCCUCCUCAAAGACGAGCACCUCAAGAUGACCGGCGACACGGGCAGCGUCACCUCCAACGAGGAUGACUACAUGGACGACAAGAACUCGGACCCGAACGACGCCGAAGGCGUAUGGAGUCCAGACAUCGAGCAGUCGUUCCACGAGGCGCUGUCCAUCUACCCUCCGUGCGGCCGGCGGAAGAUCAUCCUCAGCGACGAGGGCAAGAUGUACGGUCGGAACGAACUGAUCGCCCGCUACAUCAAGCUGCGCACGGGCAAAUGUCGGACGCGCAAGCAGGUCAGCUCGCACAUCCAGGUGCUGGCCAGGAGGAAGCUCAGGGAGAUCCAGACCAAGAUCAAGAACUCGGGGCCGCUGGGUGCGCUCCAGGACCACCACGCCAAGGAGAAGGCGCUCCACUCGGUGUCGGCCAUGACGUCGGCGCAGAUCGUCUCGGCGUCCAGCAUGCCGCACAAGGCGUCGGGCGGCGCCGGCGGCGGCGGGUUCGGCCUGACGGCGGGCGGCUACCCGGGCCCGGCGGGCCUCUGGCAGACCGGACUCCAGGGCAUGGCGCAGGACGUGAAGCCGUUCGCGCAGUCGCCGUACGGCGUGGCCGGCCGGCCGCCGUCCAGCGCUGCCGACAUGUCCCUGCUGGGCCAGCCGCAGCCGCCGGCGCCCGCCUGGGAGGGGCGCAGCAUCGCCACGCAGAAACUGCGCCUCGUCGAGUACUCGGCCUUCAUGGAGGCGGCGCCACAGACCCGCGAGCAUGACGCCGUGGCAGACAUGUACAACAAACACCUGUUUGUGCACAUCGGCGGCCCGGUCUCGUACGAGCCGCUGGAGGCCAUCGGCAUCACACAGAUCUACGACAAGUUCCCCGACAAAAAAGGAGGCCUGCGCGAGCUAUACGACAAAGGGCCAGCCAACGCCUUCUUCCUGGUCAAGUUCUGGGCCGACCUCAACACCAGCAUACAGGACGCGAGCGGCGCGUUCUACGGCGUCACCAGCCAGUACGAGUCGCCGGAGAACAUGACCAUCACGUGCUCCACCAAGGUGUGCAGCUUCGGCAAACAGGUGGUGGAAAAGGUGGAGACCGAGUACGCCAGGUUUGAGAAUGGCCGGUUCUUCUACCGGAUUAACCGGUCUCCGAUGUGCGAGUACAUGGUCAACUUCAUCCACAAGCUGAAGCACCUGCCGGAGAAGUACAUGAUGAACAGUGUGCUGGAGAACUUCACAAUACUCCAGGUGGUGACCAACCGGGACACACAGGAGACGCUGCUGUGCAUCGCCUUCGUGUUUGAGGUGUCGACUUCGGAGCAUGGCGCGCAGCACCACAUCUACCGGCUCGUCAAGGACUGACGCCGGCCCUGAUCUCGUGAGGCGGCCCCGUGGCCGAGGCUGCCGGCCAGCCCGCCAGCCGCGCGGCGCCGGAGUGCCGUGAUGCUUAUGAGCCGUUGUUAUUUGUGAGUGGUUGCAUUAGUGUGUCCUAGUGAGAGCGUUAUUUACCGUCGGCGCGCCGCGCGUCCGCCCGCGGGGUGUCUGUGAGUGGCCGCGUCGGCGGUCGCUGGCACCUUUGUGCGCCAUUCGGUGGUUCUAUGUGUCCCGGCGAAGGCCACCCAGUGGUUCUAUGUGUUCCGGCGAGGGCCACCUGUCGCUGGCCGCUGUACAUACGACUCCCAGUGCCUUGAACCGAUGUUCAAAUAUUUUGUCGGAGGGCGCCGUCCGCCGCUCUGCAUCAGCAGCGCCGCACCGCCGGAGACCAUGUGCGUCUUUCAGCGCGUGCUGCCCGGAGGACAGACCAGACACACACGUCACGUGCCAACGCAGCCCGGGAGUGAGCGUGCGCCACGCGGCCGCCGACGGCCCGCCUCCCCCUCAUUGCCCCUCUCACACCCAUCCACAAUAUUCGAGAGGAACACUGGUGUGCCUUCACGGAGCUCCCGACUAUUUUCCUGUCUGCCGGCCGCGGCUGGUUCGGUCGUGCCGUGCUGAGCCGGCUGGCCGCGCCGCUGCACCCCUGCACUCGCUGUCCCCGUCGGACCCAUCCCGCCGUUGAUACUCGCCGUUGCGCUGACGUGUGCGGUCUUGCUGUGCAGCCGUAGGUUGCCGAUCCGGUGUUUUGGUACUGCCAACGGCCGGCCCCCGCUAUAGUGCUGCCAUCUGGACAACUGUUGCGAACACCCGCGGUGGACACUAACCCUUCGGACGUGAUGUGGUUGUCGCUUGAUCUCAAUUCCACUGCGCCCGGUGGAAGCACGAGUUUGUCUGGGCGGCUGCCGCGGCCGCGGGCUGUGGGGGCUGCCCGGCGGCGUUCUGUUACCGCGCUGCCGUCCCUCUUAUGUGAUGAGACAGAAAAGCCGACGUGUUCGCCUCGUCUGCGGUAGCUAUGCGCCGUGUCUUGUUUUGUACGCUAUUCCUUCGGCAGUAAACACACCGAGAGUGA